CGACAGAAUCCGAUAAUAAGACAUGUGAUGUGCGGCAGUCACAUGAUGAUAAGAGAAAAGGUUCCUCGACGAAGUCAACACUCUACAAGCUCUCAUCUUGACCACCACCUUCUCCUGUUCUGCAUCUUCAUCUUGCUCCAUCCAUCUUCUCUGUCAUGUCAACAAGAACGAAAGAUAUAUACCUCAGAAAUUCACAAGCUCUUAUAGAAUAGACAUCCGACAUCGACACUUUUUUCCCAUCCGAUCUAUACUACUACCUACCCACUUCGAUCUCAUUGCCCCUCAUAUUGAUUCGCGCUUCGCACUUGCCCCUCUCAUCAUCAUGCCAGACCUUCGUCGUCAGGUAUUAGAGAGUGGGAAGACUAUUUCCCGCAAAGCCGCGUCUCGUGAAGGCUCACGCUCGGCUUCGCGAGUCAGUUCUGCUCAGCAUUCUCGCCAGUCUUCCCGUAAUGCAAGCAGGCAGCCUUCGGACGACGAGGAAACAGCCAGUCUGAGCGAUAGCACUGCAUGGAGGUCAGCUAGAUUCUCUUUCAUGUUUUCCACAUCUUCAAUAUCGCAUCACGUCUACUUUCUCAGAUGUGGCGGUGAUGAUGUCAUCGCUUUGACAUUCUACUAGCAUGGGGAUGCAACUAUGCACUGACUGUCUCACUUGCAGUAUCGCCUCUCUGGAUGAUCUGAACGAUAAUCCCGACCUAGGAAAUGUCGACUGGACUCAAGAGUUACACGAUGUCAUCGAGGAUCUCCUCGAACGUAAGCGCAGCAGUGUCCAGGGUCGAGAAGCAGCUCUUGCUGCUUUCUGUCGCAUUAGCAAGUUCCACUAUGUGGAAGAAGAGAUCCGGAUUCGCAUCAAAGACCUUCUUAGUGUCUUCCUUAAGAGCAUCAAAACUCAAUCUAGCGAGCGCGAGACAACACUGGCUCUUCAGGCUCUCGAGCUCCUUGCAAUUUCCGCCUUCGAUAACACCAUCUAUGAAAAUACUGAGCCGUUGAUUACACGCACAAUUCGAGAUUCAACGUCCAACAGUGUCAAAGCAGCAGCUAUCCAUUGCCUGAGUUGCUGCGCCGCGUUUGGGGGUGCAGGCGAAGACAGCAUUUUCGGGCAGAUGACAUUCUUCCUCGAUAUUGUCGCCUCCGAUGGCCAGUCUAUCGAUGCUACUGAUGAUCCGGACAGUGUCACUGCAGCAAUUCAGGAGUGGGGCUUUUUAGCCACCGAGAUCGAUGAUCUUGAAGCUGAAAGUGAAGAGGCCGUCCAGAUCUUUUUGGAUCAACUCAACAGUGAACAUUCACAGGUUCAGAUUGCCGCUGGAGAAAAUAUUGCCCUACUAUACGAAAAGAGCUACAGCCCGCAAGAAGAUUACAACGAUCAGAAUUCGGACGAAGAGGAUGAUUCCGAAGAAGAAUUAUUCAGCGGCGAUCGAGGCGGCACCAGACUCGUCAAACGUUACGAUGCGUAUCAUAACACCUACGAAAUUGAACGUGAGCUACAAUCGCUUGCGACGGUUCACAGCAAGCGCAUAAGCAAGAAGCAGAAGAAGAACCUGCACAGUAGCUUCAUCUCUAUUCUUACGACGAUCGAGGACCCGCGGCGUGGCCCCAUGUACAAUACGGCAAUCGAUCAAGACACAGGUCGCCACUAUGGCAGUCGAGCAAUCGUAAAGAUAGGAGACAGUGCGAUGAAUAUCGACCGCUGGUGGAAGUGGAUCCGACUUAACACGCUACGACGAAUUUUACGGGGCGGAUUCUCUGAACAUUACUACCAGGGGAAUCGGGCAGUUUUGGAUAGCCUUCCAGUCAUGAUGCGCAUAACUGCUCAGACCGAUCGUGCCGGAGCACGAAAGGCUGCAAAAUCAAGAAGCCAUGCCCGUAAGUGGGCUGCUCUGGACCAUUCCGACGAAGAAAUUUAGAUAUCCACCAGCCGGUCAUAGUUUGUUUUCAUGCUGGUUCGUCCGAUAUGAGAACAUCCUGUCAUUGAUGCUAUAUUAAUACGACCUGAACGAUCACGAACUACGGGAAUGAGGAUGGAGGCGAAGCAAAAUUGAACGAUAUGCAUAUAUCCAGGGAGGCCAGACCACACGCAUUGUGGACAUCACGGAAAUAUAGAGGAGACGUCGGGCCAAAGCUUGGGGCAUUUAUUGGCGUUUUUAGGGUAACCCGGGUUUUAUUUCAGCAGAAACUCUGCUUUUGUUUUUGACCUACCGCAAGUCUACUGGGGGCGGUCUUUGUUUUCAUGGUCGUCAGCAAAUUAUGGGCUUUGCAGGAGCGACGAUAUGUCUUCGAACCGGCUCGAAACCAAACUGGAAUGAUAGUAUCAAUGACUCAAUGCUCCCGGUGGUACAUAAAUUCAUUAGUAAAUGAAUGGGAUUAUUGAAUCUGGCUUCUUGGUACUGGGUAAAUCAAGGCUGCUGGGUAUUUGUAUAUGAUUAAUAUUGGCCCUUCUGCAGCUUAAGAAGUGUAACAUUAUA